ACUCCCUGUUUCCACCGAUGCAAUUUGCGUUCCUCGUUCCGGCGACAUUCGGCGUGGCACUGAUCGGUGGGCUUUCACUGUUCUCGGUCUACCACUUGCGCGAGCAUCUCGGCGAUCGGACGGCGUAGAUUGAUCGAGAUUUUAUUUGCAGUCAUCCACCGGCAGCAUGGAAACGUGGCUCGUGAUCGGCAUUUCGGGCGUAACGAAUGGAGGCAAGACGACGCUCGCCAAAUCGCUAGAAUCCUACUUCACCGCACAGCAGGGCAAGGUGUUCUUCAAGGAAAAUCUCACCCUCAACCGGGUGGUUUCGCUCUGUCAGGAUGAUUACUUUCUGCCGGUCGACAGCCCGAAGCACACGAUGAUCGAGAAGCUCAACCACAUCAACUGGGAAAUUCUGUCCUCGCUCGACAUGGAACGGAUGUGUUUUGAUAUAAUGAAAAUUUUGGGCCACAAGUUCAUCCUGUACAACUGUGGGCACCACCGGCCGGCGACAGUGGUGGCGGGCACGGUCGUCGAUCGUCACCGCAUCGAGCAGGUCGAACCGAUGGUACAGGACGAGGAGGACAACAUUUUUGCCGACCACAUGCUGAGCAACUUUCUGUGCAAGUACGACGAGAACGGGACUGGCGGGCGGACGACGAACUUGAUCAAGAAGUCCAAGAACGAUUCAUACCAAAACAUGAACCUCAAGCUGAACGUGCUGCUGCUGGAGGGCUUUCUCAUCUUCAACCACCCGAUCCCGCUGGAUCUGUGCAGCGUCAAGUUCCACAUCCAUUUGCCGUAUGAAAAGUGCUAUGCUCGCCGAUUGCAGCGCGUCUACAAUCCGCCCGACGUGGUGGGUUACUUCGAGAUUUGCGUUUGGCCGUCAUACGAGAAGCACUUUAAGGAGUUUAAGGACCGGAAGGACGUUUACGUGCUGAACGGGGAGAUACCGCAGGAGAACCUCUUCAACUACGUACUGAACUGCGUCAAAGAUUUACUGUAAGGCGCCGCGAUAAGGUUAGGAUUAAACAGAGCGACCAGUACAAGCGCGAUCGCGAUCGCGAACGCGAUGUAUCACGAUUCCAGUAACGGGUUAAUGAGUUCCUUAAGCAUAAGACACAUACAACACACACUGUAGGCAGGGUGGAGCCGGAUUGGAGCCGACUUUUGGGCCAAGCUAUUGUAGAGAAACGCUCUUAUGAUUAGAUGACGACGCUACGCCUCCCGCGGCCGAGCGUAUC